AUGAUAUCAGACGUACCGUUUUAUGCAGCCAUUUCGGGUUCCUUCGCGGAGAGCAAUCCGGGGAAGUGUUUCCGCGGAGAGGCAGCCAAUUACCUGUAUUUGUCCAUCGAUAUGCUAAACAGCCAACUGGUUAUUCACAAUAAAGAUCCGAUAUUGGGAAACUUAAUGUUUGAAGCUGGCGUCAUAGGGAUGGAUGAUGAAAAACUUAAUCGAGUACAACCUACUAGCCUCCUCGAGGCCAUCCAAAACGUUUUGGAUCUGCUUAUGAUUGCCAAAGACGAAAGUCGUGAUGUGGCGACCGAAUUGACACGGGUAAGUUCCGCCGUUCUAUGUGGUCUUCAGCUCAAAUUCUGCAACCGUUGUGUCUAA